GUACGUGGGUUCGAGCACACGCUCAAGAUUACAUACUCGAGUAUUUCCGCCUGCUCACCGAACGACGCAAGGCUGCACAUUCGUCCCAUCUUGAACGAUUAACAGCCCAUGCCUACCAUUACUACCACGCUCCCCCGCAUCCGAACGAGAUUGCCGCCGCCCAAGCGACUCUGAAACGAGGAAUCGACGAGGAUUGGCAAUCCAGCGUUCAGCGUUAUCCGGAGGUAUUAGAAUACUUCUACAGUUUGGUCGAGCUGACGCUCCCGCCUGACCAUGAACCUGCCGUCAAAGAUCCCCCGCUGAGUGCGUUGAGCGGAUCACGGAAGGCUGGCAGACGGGCCCAAUCUACGGCCACAAUAGCCGGGGAACCUUUUCAAGAGAGGGAGCGGAGUGUGAAUCCUCUCGCAAGAAGAACCCCUCCCCCGCAAAUUGAGCGGCGGACGCCGGGACCACCUCACAAUCCACUCGCGCCAACGCAGAGAAGACAUAGCAGCUUCCGACCGCCUACCGCGCCGCCAACGGCCUAUUUCCAAUAUAACUGAAUGCCGUGGGAGAGGUGUGACCCAUCGUGGCGGCGAAAGCCCUAUGUCCGGGCUUAACUAGCCCAUCAUUCACACCGUGUAAAAUUGGACCACAGCACAACUUGCAUCUACGCCUACAUCUACAUACACAUACGACCAUUUAUUUUCCUUGACUUAAUACGAAAGAAAGAACGAACACACUUACGAGACCACGAAAGGGCAUUAUGAUCACCGUAUCUGUUGCAUGGGUGGAGGGAAAAUGUCCCAGAUACCAUUUCUUUUCUGCAUAGCGGCGAGACCUUGCACUUUUUU